CCUUGCAUUCGGUCUGUCACACGCGCUCCGUACGCUCUGCCGUUCUGUUCCUUUAGUUGUUAAUAAAACGUUUGUUUUUUUUUUAUACAGUAUAUAACAUAUUAUUAUAUAUCCCACACAAACUCUAUCGGGCGGUUUUUGAUCGUAGUGUCGUGUUUUUUGCUGUCGGAAACGAUUUCACAAUAUUACUAAAACAAAUUUUUUUAUAUAAUAUUUACAAACAUUAUAUAUUAUAAAAUAUCGUACAUUUAUUCCUACAUAUUUGUAUGUACCGUCAUAGUUUUUGGUCUCUUUUAUUUUGAAAUAAAAUUCAACGCUGGCAGCCCAACAAUUCCAACAGAAUCACUUAAUCACCUUUGGAAACUACUUUUGGGAAUUAAAAACGUUGAGGCCAAUACUCCUGAGGACGAAAGUCAUAAUUAAUAGUUUAACCUAAUUCAACCAGCAUAUACUCGAAAUCGCGUCAAGAUGCAUAUCGAGGUUAGCGUAGCGUUGAACUUUGUGAUCUCGUACCUGUAUAACAAAUUACCUAGACGACGAGUAAACAUAUUUGGCGAAGAGCUGGAAAAGUGCCUGACGGAGAAAUUCGCUGGCCACUGGUACCCGGAGAAACCGUACCGCGGUUCGGCAUACCGGUGCAUCAAAACGGGAUCACCGAUCGACCCGGUGUUCGAGAAGGCGUCCCGUGAGAGUGGUGUAGCCAUACAGGACAUCCUGGAGAAUUUGCCGCAAGAUCUGGCUGUGUGGGUGGACCCCGGCGAAGUCAGUUACCGCAUCGGCGAGAAAGGAGCCGUUAAGAUCUUGUAUAAUGAGAAUAGUGGUGGCCUUCAGUUCGACACCCACGACGACCGGACUGCCGACAGAGAGGUCGUCAAAACAUUCAACCCCGAAGCACAGUGUUUCCGGCCAAUCGACUCGGUAGCGUCCAGCUUAAGUUCUCUGAGUAUUUCGCCACCGGACAAGUGCUCGGUCGGUUCACCGACGCUUGGUAGUGGUUCCAACAACUCGUCACCGACGCAUCAUAACCACCUUCACCACCAACAACAACACCAUCCUCACCACCAGCAACAGCAAACACAGCUACAACAGCCACAGCACAAUCCGCUGUUGUUCGGAAAAUCGUGUGGUGGCGGUGGCGGUAGCAGCAGCAGCAGUAGUAGCAGCAGCAGUAGCAGCAGCAGCAGCAGCAGCACUGCAAGCAAUGGAAAAAGUCAGCAAACGUCGCAGCAACAACAACAGCAGCAGCAGCAGCAGCCACGAAGCCCUAACGGUGGCGGACCGGCGGUUGCGGUCGCAGCUGGCGGUGCUUACGUGCCGUGCCGACAGCCAUCUGUGCCGUUGACGUUCACUACCGCCUCGUUUGCACAGACCAAAUUCGGCAGCACCAAACUCAAAUCCAACAACAAGCGAGCUAACAGGUUUCUGAUGACUGAUUUCAUAGAAAAGAUGUCGCCGACCGAGUUUGCCAACUACAUCAAGCAACGGGCGGCUAUGCAGCAACAACAAAUUGUGGUCGGUGGUGGUGGUCUGCAGCAACAACAGCAACGUCCGGUGUCACCGGUGCAGCAACACCACCGUGGCCAAAACGGCGACGCGGCUUCCAACUACUUUUUCCAGCAACAACAGUACAACAACAACCAUCAAGGCGGCGGUAGUGCCGGUUACCAAAGGCCACGGCAGUCCAACGGUUAUCAUCGGAACAGCGGCAACAUGAUCACUGCGGAUUAUGCACCACCGCAAUUGCAGUUUGCUAACGGCGGCUCAAGUGGUUGGCAGAACUUCGGCGGCGAUUUUGGGCCACAGCACUUUGGUGGUUCACCCAUGGGCCCGUUGUCACCAGCCAAUUAUGGAACGGGACAGCAAAUGCAGUCCGCUGUGACUCCGAUGCAUCAGCAGCAGCAACAACAGCAACAGCAACAGCAGCAAAAGAUGCAGGAUAACUACAACGCCAUGGGAUUGGGAUCGUCGACGUCGUCGUCGUACAGGUCCAGUCCUUUCCAACAUUUGUUGGUGGCUAACUGAUUUCAGUCGGCUUAGCUGACGAGAGACGGUUAAGAGCGCCCCCUUUCACCACCAAACCGCCACUACCCAUGCCACCUAACGUGAUCCAUGCACCCUCUUGACCUAGAUACAUGGUUGAAGCCGACCCGCCCCAUCCCCCUCUAUCCGCCCACCUUGUUAUCAUUAUUAUUAUUAUUUUUUUUUUAUAUAAUACCCUCUUUUAAUACACUAUAUAUUAUAUACAUACAUAAGUAAACCCUCUGGCGCGCCUUCUCUUUCUCCACCAUUAAAGAUAAGUAAUGAAAGUUAUUUAUAUUACAUUUUUAGGUAGGUACAUCCGUUAUUAUAUUAUAUUAUUUCCGUUUUUCCAAAUCCUGUAUUUUAUUCACGUGGCUAUGGCGAGCUGGUCUCAUAUCUAUCUGUCAUCAUCAUUUAAAACAUAAUCUAUUUAUAAUAUAUAUACUGCUAUUACCUGUUGCCUUCUAAAAUUAAAAUUAUCUCUAUUGACAAAAUUUUAAAUAGUAUAUUAAUAUAGGUAAUUAGGCCAAUGCUCGA